AUGGACUGGGAUGUGCGCUUUGCAAUUCCCGACUGCAACGCACAAAACAGAGCGUUAAUAGAAGAGGCUUUAUACAGAGCAAUGGUGAGAGAAGAAGAGACAGAAAAACACCUGACAGCACUGGCUGAGAGAGAGGCCGGUCGACUGGCCCAGGAGUCCUCUAAGAUGAAUAGUAAUCUACGAUUGUUGACAGAGAGGAGCAACAAUAUGGAGAACCAGAUAUUCAAGAUCAAACAGAAGCUGCAAGACUUUAAGAAUCAAAUGAACUGGGACCAGCAGACGAUGGAUGCUUUUAUAGAGGAGUCAGUGCGCAAAGAUGAGGACAGCAUGGUUAUUAUUAAGUAUGCUCAACAGGAUGAGCAGAGGAUCAAGUCACUUACUCUGGCCAUUGAGAAGAGGACCGUGGAGGCAAAUGAAAAACGCAAAGCUCUGGACAAAGAGUUAACAGAGACACUAUCUACACAGAUUGCCCUAGAGAAAACCACUGAGAAUCUGCGCCAGGUUCACCAAGAAACACAACAGCUCAUUCAACAGUGGGAAUUCACCCUGAAGCAGAUGAACCAGAGAGACAACGAGAUGCAGCACUGUGCUCUGAAAUUGGCAGAGAUGAACCAGCAAGUCAGAGAAAAGAAUGAUACUAUUACAGAAAAGAAGUACUUGCUCGAAUCACAGCAGAACAACAACAAAGAGACUGAGAGGAAGGUGCAGAUUGCCAACCAGCUUGGAGUCAAACUGCAGCAGGACCUGAAGGAGCAUGAGAGCAACUAUACCCGCCUCAAGGAUGAGUUAAGUACAUACAAGAACACUCUGGAGAGAACAACAUCAGACUUGGAUGCUGGCAUGAACAGUACCUUGGAGAAUCUGCAGCAAGAAGAGGGCCUUGAGAAAGAAAAGAUUGAAGACAAACUGACACUCAUCAGAAAGAUCAACAAAGAAGUGUUGUCUCAGCAAGAAAAGAUCGACAGAGCUACAAAACAGUGCUCAAAGUUAAUAAGAGAGGUCCGCUCAGCGAAACAAAGCAAAGGUGAGACUUUUGAGGAGAAAGACAUCAGACUCAAAGAACACAAAGAAUUCAACCGAAACAUCGACAAGAUGCUAACUGAAGCCAUGGAGGGGCACCCCGACCUUAGAGCAGCACUGGCUAUGUACUUUGAACAGGCAAACCUGUCCCUGCUUUCUGCCGCCUCCACUCCCUCGGGCAGCAGCAGCAGAAGGAGCUCUAAGUUUGCGUCCAGAUCCAGCUCAGCCCGUAGCGCUGCAUCUAUAAGGAGUGAGUCCUCCUCAGGCAGCAGCCUCAGGACAUCUGCUCUCCAGUCUCCUCCGCUGAGCACAGUGGAGCUGGGCCUGGAUCUGCCCCUUAUGUCUCCUCCACCCACCAGCAGCCACAGCCUGAGUGUGUCCAGUGGCGGCCGAAAGAAACCAUAGA